AUAUCUCUUAACCAAAAAAAUAAAAUAAAAAAUAAAUUUAGUCCCCCCUUCCUGCUUCAUCUUCAUCUACAUCUUCAUCUAUCCAAUUCAUUUCAGUCUCCAUCCCACCUAUAUAGUUCCCAAUUCACGCCACAGACAUCCCCCGCCCUCCUCGUUUCCCCCAUUUCUUUGAUUAUUAAAUUCCAUUUCAUUAUUAUUUAAUUAAUAAACCCAAUUCUAGAUUUCAAACAAGAGGGAAAGAGGAAGAAGAGGGCAUGAUUUGCAGAGGGAAGGAGAACAAUAAUGAGCAUGCCCUCUCAAAUCUCGGUUCACGUGCUUUCCCUGAGAUUUGGCAUCUGGGUUUUGCUCGAAUCGGUUUGGUUGAUUGAUCGCGUACUUGUUUCUUUCUUUUAGUAGCAUUCGGGGUAAAGUUUCAGAAUUUCGGCAAUACGAAAUAUAAAAAAAAUAAAAAUAUAUAAUUGAAAGAAAGGGAAGAUGCAAGCGUCAUCGGAGAAUGGGAAGCUAUUCAUCGGCGGGAUAUCGUGGGACACGAACGAAGACCGGCUCCGAGAAUACUUUGGGUCGUUCGGAGAGGUCGUGGAAGCCGUUAUAAUGAAGGAUCGAGCCACCGGUCGGGCCCGCGGAUUCGGUUUCGUGGUCUUCGCCGAUGGAGCUGUCGCUGAGCGAGUCACUCAGGAGAAACACAACAUCGAUGGAAGAAUGGUGGAGGCAAAGAAGGCUGUUCCAAAGGAUGAUCAGAACAUUCUGCACAGAACCACAAGUAGCAUUAUUCAAUACGGUUCUCCAAGUCCAGGUCGAACCAGAAAAAUCUUUGUAGGAGGAUUAGCAUCCACAGUCACAGAAGCUGAUUUCCGUAACUACUUCGAGCAGUUUGGAACAAUCACAGAUGUGGUAGUUAUGUAUGAUCAUAACACGCAGAGGCCAAGAGGGUUCGGGUUCAUAACAUACGAUUCGGAGGAAGCAGUUGACAAAGUCCUCCACUUGAAGACCUUCCAUGAACUCAAUGGGAAAAUGGUCGAGGUCAAGAGAGCAGUCCCCAAGGAGCUAUCUCCAGCUGGUCCAAGCCGUGGCACAUCUCCACUAAACAACUAUGGUCUUGGUAGGGUUAGUAGCAGCUUUCUUACUGGUUACAAUCAAGGAUAUAACCCAGGAACAGUUGGGUAUGGGCUUAGAAUGGACCACGGAGGAAGGUUCAGUCCUGUUGUUGCAAGUCGAAGUGGGUAUGGUCCCAAUUUCGGUUCUGGUUACGGGAUGGGUUUGAAUUUUGAGCCAGGUUUGAGUCAAGCUGCAUAUGGAGGGAGUGGUGGGAACUUUAACGGCGGGUUCAGGGGGAUGAUGAAUCAUCACCCUUAUUACAUCGAGAGCACAAAUAGAUUCAGUAAUCCAAUAGGGUAUGAUAAUGCAGGUAGUAAUAAUGGAGGAAAUACUUCUUUCUUCAGCUCGGUUACUAGGAACAUGUGGGGAAAUGGAGGGCUUACCAACUCUGCUGGUCUAGAUGAUGCUUAUGUGGGUCAUGGAAACACAUUUGGCAACCGAAGUAUAAAUUGGGGUGAUGAAGUCAACAACAAUGCACCCAACAAUAGUCUGAAUUUCUCAUAUGGCGGUGGAGAGAACAGCUUUAGCUUGGGGCCUUCUACAGGGAGCUAUGGAGGGGGAAGAAGCAGCAGUGGGAAUAACAGUGUGAUAAACCCUACUGCUUCAUCAGGUGGUGGGUUUGAUGGAGGAUUGAUAGCUGAUCAUCUCUACGUUGGAGGUGGUGGUGGUGGUUCCGAAGAUUAUGGAGAACCCGCUUGGCGAGAUGGGGGGCUUCCCCUUGGCAGUAAUAAUACAACUUCAGAUGUUGCAGUGAAAAGCCCUUCUCCUGGGUUUGUUGGUGGCUAUAGUGUUAAUAAAAGACAGACAACUAGAGGAAUCGCUACCUAGGUGGAUCAAGCUGUUGAAGCUGGUGGAAAUUACUGAGUAUUAGCACAGAUUUUCCCCUACAUUGAUAAGUAUAUUUACCAUGUUAGUUAAAGAAGGAUUUACCAUGGGGUUAUUCUGGAGAUGAACUGUGGAGUGCCCUGUCUCAAGAAGGAAAAGUUGGAAGUUUAAAAGCUUUAGGGAUAAUACAUAGAAGAAGAAGUUAUAAGGAAACUAUUAUGUUAUUGUUUUGAGUGCUUUCUAGGGGUUUUCAUCGUCAUUCUUAGCAUUGUUGGUUAAUGAGUGAAAUGUACAUCAGCUUGCGGCAGCCAUACAAAAAAAAAAAAAAAAAAAAGGUAUUGCUUUCAUAGGUUUUCUUUUGUUCUUUAUCGUUGGGUUUCCGUUAAUGUCUCUCUGUAGCAUACCUGGCAGUUUUGUGGAUUAUUGUCAGGUAUAUUUUCCUCUAUGCUGUAUUCCUUAUCCCCCUCGGAUUGUUUGUAUUGUUGAGCUUGGAGCUCUAGUGCAGCUAGAGAGUACAAAACUUGUCUAAAGGAUACCCAUCUACGGUUCCUCAUUAAUAAAAAUAAUAUUAUUACCAGAUUGCUUAUA